UGCUGAUUAUUAUCUAUCAAUCCAUACACCUUGUUGAAGUAUAAUAAGCUGGAAACGAAAAAAUGAACAGACUCUACGGUUCAGCAACGUUGAUCAUGGUUUUGGUUCUGCCAUGUUUGAUGGCUUCAUCCCUUUCCCGGGAUUUUGAUUUCUUCUACUUUGUUCAACAGUGGCCGGGCGCGUACUGUAGUCAACGGUCACGGAGCUGUUGUUAUCCGAAGAGUGGAAAGCCGGCGGAGGAUUUUAGCAUUCACGGCCUUUGGCCUAACUAUCUCAGUGGCAAAUGGCCUCAAAACUGUGAUCCUCAAAGCUCUUUGGACGAAUCCCAGAUCUCAGAUGUUAUGAGUGCAAUGGAGCAGCAAUGGCCAUCCCUUGCGUGCCCGAGUAGCGAUGGGGUGAGCUUCUGGAGCCACGAAUGGGAAAAACAUGGAACGUGUUCUGGCCUUAACCAGCACGACUAUUUUCAGAAAGCCCUCUCCUUCAAGACCAAAGCCAACCUUCUCCAACAUCUUAACCAAGCAGGAAUUCGACCUCGGGACGGGGAAGAUUACACACUAGAGGAAAUAAAAGCAGCUAUUAAGGAAGGAGUCGGAUUCAAUCCAUUCAUAGAUUGCAAUGUUGAUUCAUCAGGAAAUCACCAAUUAUACCAAGUUUAUCUUUGUGUAGACACUUCUGCACAAGAUUUCAUCGACUGUCCAGUUUUCCCUCAUGGAGGAAAAUGUGGUUCCAAAAUUGAAUUUCCUUCCUUUUCAUCAUCUGAAUCUUCCCAUGAUGAAUUUUAAUUAAUUUGUACACAUAUUUAUGUAACGCCAUUGCUCUUUUUUCCUAAUGGAUUAUAUAUAUAGCAAUGGCUUGAUGCUUCCUGUAAUUAGUCUUUACUUAAGAAUAAAGUGUCUCUAAGUAUAAUACAUGUAUUUCUACUACGGUAAUAAAAUUCAUAAUUGACACAUGUACUUGUGCUUGCAUUCCAAUUAAAAUAGAAACAAUUACAUA